GACAAAGGUAACGGUGACGUUAUGACCUCGGCGCGUCUCCAGCUCCUUGCUUUUGCCCUGGCCUUAUCUGGGGUCUUUGGAGUGCUCAUGGCCACCCUGCUGCCCAACUGGAAGGUGAAUGUGGACGCGGGCUCCAACAUCAUCACAGCCAUCGUGCAGCUGCAAGGGCUGUGGAUGGACUGCACGUGCUAUAGCACCGGAAUGUUCAGCUGCACUUUGAAUUACUCCGUCCUAGCCCUCCCCACCCACGUGCAGGCCGCUCGGGCAGCCAUGGUCCUGGCCUGUGUCCUGUCUGCUGUGGGGAUGUGCACUGCCACAAUCGGGAUGAAAUGCACUCGCUUAGGAGGGGACAGGGAAACCAAGAGUUACGCUUGUUUUGCUGGGGGAGUCUGCUUCAUGUCUGCGGGGAUCUCUGGUUUAAUACCGACGGUGUGGUACACGAAGGAGAUCAUAGCAAACUUUGUGGAUGUGACAGUCCCAGAAAGCAACAAACAUGAACCCGGAGGAGCUGUCUACAUUGGAUUCAUUUCGGCCAUGCUGCUGUUUAUCUCUGGCAUGAUUUUCUGUAUAAAAAAGGAUUCGGAGGCUUGGUUCCACCCAUCCAAGCAGCAGCACGUCUCCACCACACAGCCAGAGGACCGUUCAGCAUACAGCCUGAAGGAUUAUGUGUGAAUAACUGUGUGAUGCACAUGACUUAGGUGCCUGCUGUGAUUUCUGUC